UUGUUCACUCUGUGUAAUAAAUCUAUUUAAUAUAUGCAUUUCACUUUUUGAAUUGAACUACUGAAGUGAAUGAACCUUUCCACAAUAUUCUAAUUUACUAGGAUGCACUUGUACAUGUAAGCAUACACAAACCUACCUGGCAUUAAAUUAAUACAUUUUCACCCCUUGCUGCUCCAGUAAAAUUCCCCUAAAGCUGCCAUGAAUGGAUUACCAUAAAGAAAGAAAGAAUGGAAUAAAUAAAAAAAUAAAUAAAACACUGAUAGCCGGAACCAACCCAAUCUGAAAACAAGCUAGUUACAUAUUGAACAGAGGGCAAACUGCUUUGUUGCAUCCCUUGCCAUUUGCAUACUCAGUGUUUCAGCCAAUCAUCAUGACUUCUGCUGUAAACCUUCAUCACACGGUGGUAAGAUCUUCAGAGGUGCAGAAGACAAGUUGCUGUAUACCACAAUGACUGGAGUGCUGGUUAUUUUGAGUUUUCUCUUUACACUGUCUCAAACAGUCACGCCUCACCAGAUCUCUAUGAUUGUGGUCAAUCCUGGUGAUGAUCUCAAUCUGACAUGUCAGGCGCUCACUGGGCUUAAAGCUGGGCUGUUUUACUGGUUUAAGCUGAAGUUUGGACACAUGGUACAAAGAGUGGCUGCAGGAAGUUUUGAAAACAUAAAACUUGAAGAUACAUUCAAAAACUCUAGAUUCACAGUCACAUUUAUGAGUACCCUGUAUUUUCUAAGCAUCAGAAAUGUGAGCAAAGAAGAUGAAGCAACGUACUUCUGCCAGGCUGGAUCAGCGUAUGAGAUGAAAGUUCUAAAUGGCACUCUCGUAGCUGUGAAUGAUCAUAAAAAUCACCAGAUCUCAGUCUACGUCAAACAAAGCCCAGAGAGUCAAUCUGUCCUGGCGGGCCACUCAGUGAGUCUCCAGUGUUCCCUUCUCUCCAAGCACAAAGAAACCAGAGAGCAGUGUCCCAGUGAACAUGAUGUGUACUGGUUCAGAGCUGGAGCGGGAGAAUACCAUCCAGCUGUCAUUUAUACCUCAGAGACCAGGAGAGUCAAAUCAGUGGAGAGUUGUGCCUACAGCUUGUCGAAAACCAUACACAACUCGUCUGAUGCUGGGACGUACUACUGCGCCGUGGCCACAUGCGGACAGGUCCUGUUUGGUGAAGGAACAACAGUCUACACAGAAAUCUGUGGGCAAGAGUGGAUCCGUGUAGUCAUUGUCCUUGGGACACUGUUGGUUCUCUGUGUGAUUGUGAUUGUCGUCCUUAUUUUCUCCAAAGGCUGAAGGCUGGCGACACACAAGCACUGAAGUACUCUGGAUUUCUCUUCAAUGGAAACCAUAUGAUGAUAUUAUAUACAGAAAUUUUGUCCAAUAUUAAAAAUUUGUUUCAUUUUAAUUAUCAAACAGCUUCUCUGUGCUUUGUUUAUUAACCUCAGGAUUGUAGUUUUAUUUUAUUCCUAAUGGUCAGAAAUGUCUUGCUACAAUGCAAAGAAAUCUGACUGGCUACUCAUAUCUCUGUCAAGGGCAAGGGCUAAAAAUAGAAAGGUAUUGCUUUGCUAAACAAUUUUCUAUGACGGAAUUAAAUGACUCUGAUUAUACAACAAACUCAUAAAGAUUUCUUUCAGUGCAGGAGCUGCAGGAGUUCAGGCACCAUGUAGUACCAUGUGAUGCAAAGGUCAUAACAAAGCUGAGGACGGUGUGCUUUUAUCAAACAUGUCUGUGGUUUUCAGCUCUUCUUUAGAUGCUGUUGGUGAGAGAGGUGGAGAGCUUCUCUGAAAUGGCCCCACCAAAUGUUGUCAGAGCUCUGAGCUGUGAUCAUCCUACAAAGAAACACUCUGACCUACUUAUUUCAACCUCUGACGGAGGUUUCUAGUCCCAAGGUGCAGAACAAAGCAGUAUAAAAACAGCUUUGUUCUUGCUGCUAGUGCCCAGCUGAACAAGUUGUAGCCUUAUUUUGCACACAUGUAUUCAUUGUUCAUGCACUUAUAUAUUUAUUCCUACAUUUGAAUCUUAAACUUGGUUUUUACCUUGGCUUAUUUGAAAUUAUUGA